GAACUUGACUCAAAAGGCCGUUACUCAUGCCGCCAUUAAUGCAAUCUCGACUUCAGCACCCAUGGCGUAACUCUUCCAUCUCCUCCUGCAGAAUCCCCGUCUCUCUGUCUGUCUGUCUGUCUCUAAUCACCCCACGUUUGGCCUUCUUCAGGCAGGACCCUCUUACCUUACCUUGCCGUCCCCUCUUGGCAUCCGUGGAAACUUCUCACCGUCGGAGCUGUCGUGUCUUGGAACACACUCAUCUGGCUCUGAGCGGAACCGGGAAGAGAUGCUGGGGAAGAAGGGUCAGUACGGCCACCAAGUCUGGUUCGUCGUCCUCAUUUCUUCUCUGCUGUGUUUCCUUUUACUGUUUUCCUCGGAUCGUUCGUUCUUGAGCGGGGGCGGCGGCGGCAACAGCGGGGUCACUUUCUUCGUCGACAAUUAUGAGAAUUCCAUCAACACCCGCAAGCCCAAGUCGCUUCCCUCAGCCGGGAGUCCUAACAAGACCAUCGGUUCAGCCCCCGUCGACAAAGGGUCGCUCCUUAAAGCAAACAGUACAGCAAGAGAUCGUGAGGUCCCUAAUGAUGGUCUUAGUCCACCAGACGUCACUGUGGGGGACAAAUCUGAUGACGAUUCGGUUUCGCCCACUAACCAGAGCAGUGAACAUGCAAGUCUCGACGUGGGUCUUGAUGGAGAUCCGUGCUCUGGCAGAUUCAUUUACGUUCAUGAUCUCCCGAGCAGGUUCAAUGAUGACCUGCUUCGGAAGUGCGAGUCGCUGACCAGAGGGACGACUGUGAACAUGUGUCCGUACAUCGAAAACCUAGGCAUGGGUCCUGCUGUGGCCGAUUCCCGAGGGGUGUUGUUGAACAACAGCUGGUUCAGGACGAACCAGUUCCAACUGGAGGUUAUUUUCCAUAACAAGAUGAAGCAGUAUAAGUGCCUGACUAAUGAUUCGUCCCUCGCUUCCGCGAUCUAUGUGCCGUACUAUGCAGGGCUGGACAUUAGCCAGUACCUCUGGAGUUCCAACAUAUCGGUGAGGGACGCCACGGCCUUCGAUCUAGUCGGGUGGUUGUCCGGCAGACCAGAGUGGAGGCGGAUGUCGGGUCGAGACCAUUUCCUCGUGGCGGGUAGAAUAGCGUGGGAUUUCAGGAGACAGGCUGAUGAUCCGUCCGAUUGGGGGAGUAAACUGAUGUUCUUGCCACAAUCUCAGAACAUGACGAUGUUGUCGGUGGAGUCGAGUGUUUGGAACAACGAUUUCGCGAUCCCGUACCCGACUUAUUUCCAUCCUUCGAAGGGUGCUGAAGUUGCACAAUGGCAAGAUAAAAUGAGAAACCAGGAGAGAAAGUACCUGUUUGCUUUUGCAGGCGCUCCGCGACCUGAACUUGAGUUCACUAUCCGGGGAGAGAUCAUUAACCAGUGUCUUGCGUCGAAUGGGAAAUGCAAGUUGCUUAACUGCAGUUCCAGCACAAAUAAUUGCGAUGACCCAGUUAAUGUGAUGAAGGUGUUUCGAAGCUCGGUUUUCUGUUUACAACCUCGGGGAGACUCUUACACUAGGCGGUCGACAUUUGACUCGAUUCUGGCCGGGUGCAUUCCUGUGUUUUUCCAUUCUGGCACAGCUUAUGUGCAAUAUGUAUGGCAUUUACCAAGAGAUCAUACUAAAUAUUCCGUAUUUAUCCCGUUGGAUGAGGCCAAGAAGGUUAGCAUUGAACCAAUACUCCAAAGCAUUCCGGAGAAUGAAGUGUUGGCCAUGAGAGAGGAGGUUAUACGGCUGAUUCCGAGGAUGGUUUAUGCAGAUCCCAGGUCUAAAGAACGGAACUUCGAUGAUGCAUUUGAUGUAGCCAUUAAGGGAGUUUUAGAGAGGAUAGGAAAAGUAAGGAAAGUGAUUGUGAGCGGUGGCGAUCCCAGUAUUGGUUUUGCUGAACAAAACCAUCAAAAAUUCAACUUCCCCAGGUCCGAUCCAGAAAAACGGGAAAGAAAGCGCUUAGCAAGGGAAAUCCUAUAUGCAGCCGGAAGCAGAAUUGGUCAAUUUUUAUAGGCCUUUCUCUCAAAUCCCCUGUGAGGACUUGUGUUGUUGAUCCUGUGAGUAUGUCAAUAAUGAGUGUAGCUCUGCAUUUGCCAAAAAGGGGGUAUACUAUACUUAGAUCUUAUAUAUGCAACCAUAUUAUUCAAAGAGAGAUUCAUUUUGAGGAUGUACAUUGCAAGAUGGCUCUUUUUCAUUUUCAAAUUUAAUCAUUCUACUCAAAUUAUUAUUGAA